UAGGUUCGAAGCCAACAAUAUUAAUCAAGCCAAGUUACUUGACGGUCGAAGAAGGGAAUCCUGCCGAAUUCCACUGUGAUUCAUCGGGUGUUCCACAGCCCGAAGUAUCGUGGAUUCGUGUCCGAGGUGAAAUGAAUCCCAGCGCAACCUUUGAAAAUGGUAUUUGGAGACUACCCUCCGCCAGGAAAAGCGACGAAGAUGAAUACAAGUGUAUCGCGCGAAAUAGUGCCGGUACCACCGAACAUCGAACGAUUCUCUACAUCACUGAACGCCGUGAGCCACCACCAGACAGACCAAUUAUUGACCCUAUCGAAUGGGUAGGUGGCCCCACUGAACCUGUCCAACUUGUGUGCACCGCGUCGCUUGAUGCCACAAUCACUUGGACCAGGGCCGGAAAUUCUGUUUAUACCUCGUACGACGUGCGAAAUGGCCUAUAAUACGUCUGACAAAAAAAUAAAAAUCACCGGAAAUGUCCAAAACCAUCAGCAGAAAACUAAGCUCGAAAUUACAGGUUGCACGACCGGAUUUACUUGGUGGGGGCUUGUAGGCUGACCAUUAGCGGGGGCCUAUGGAUGGAAAUGAAAUGAAAAAUAUACUUUUUCCAUGUUUCUUGCCAUAUGGAGAAAUCUUCGACUAACAUAGUUUUUCAUUUUUUUUUUUUUUUUAUCAACAUAUUCAAAUAAUACAGGAAAACUGAACAAUAUUUGAUGCACGAAAAUUAAAUAAUGAUUUUUAUUUUUAUUUGCGAUUUAUAUUAACAAUUCUUUUGGAACAGGUGGACU